AUGUCACUUAGAAUUCGUCCUAAUUAUAGGAAACUUUGGUUUGCAUUAUUUCUUACUAUACUGGCUCUGACUGACUUUACUGGAAAAGUAUUAUAUGGGUUAAAAUGGCCAUCAGGUGUUGAGCUCAGCUUUUUGAAAUUUUUUGGGAAGUUUAGAUUGCGCAGUGUAAGCUCAAAUCUUAAUAAUUCAAAAAAGAAAUCUUUGAAGAAAUUGGAAGUACCAUUUAUUUCUCCAGAAUGUAGCAUUAGCAGUAAUAUUAAAAGAGAUACUGAAUUAAAUAAUGAGACUGCCUUGAAGGCUAAUAUAUCCACUUCAGAAAUAUUUGAAGCAAAAAUUGGAUUUGGAAAUAAUUAUAUCUCUUUGCUUCCUCUACUUUUGGGAAAAGAGAGAUUUGAUCUUGUUGUAAAAACCAUCGAAAAUGAAUUAAAGCUUUAUAAUCACCUAAAGGCAUUUCCAAAAAGAAUAGAGAUUGUUGAAAAAUAUAUCCAACUUUAUACAUUCUGUUCAUAUUUUUCCCCAAUGUUAUCAUGUGAAAUUAAGAAGAUUUCCGAUAAUUUGGAGAAUUUGUCAAAUGGUACUUCGAUUUUAUCCGAUGUUUCUAAUAAUAUUACUAAUCCCAAUCUCUUAUACAAUCGGAGGCCAAAUUCUUCCGUUGUCAACUUUCCUUGGGUAUCUUCAAAAUACUCUUAUAAAUGGAACGUUAUUAGUGGUGCAUAUGGUGAUGUUAUAUGUGGGAAAAUUGUUGGUGGAAAUAAGAACAUACUUUCUCACAGUCAAGACUCAACUUCAUUCUUCUUUAGUACAUAUAAAAACUUUAAAUCCAAGGAAUAUGUUGUAUUUCUAUCGUCCUCUGAAGUAUCUGAGACAAAUCUUAAAUACAAACAACUUGAGACAGGAAAAGAUAUUCAUAUUUGCAUUAAAUCAUUCAGGUCGGCUACUCAUCCUGAAUACUUUACGAUCUGGAAUGAUGAGAAUUUUAAUCUGAAAUGGCUGGAGAGGGACACUUGGCUUUCAGGUCUUGAAAAUGAAAUGUAUAUUAGAUUUACUCCAAAUCAAAUUUUUAUAGCUCCAAGGAUAUUAAAAAACACAAAUCGCUCUAGUGGAAAUAUUUUGGUUACACAAUUAAAUGAAAAAUCUUCACAUGUAUGCAUAAAAAACUGUGAAAACUCCAUUUUCUAUCCUUCAGUUUAUGAAUCUCACUAUCCCUGGAAUAUUCCAUCAGGAAGAUUUUGGUCUUCUUACUUAAUUAUGGAACGAUUUAUCGGUCCAAGCUUUUCUGAUGUUUCCAAUUUUCUUGUUCUAGAUUCUGUCAUUAAUUGGACAAAGCUUUCAAAAGAUAAUUUCUACCUUUGGAGUGCUUCACUGAUUCAUGUUGUUUAUUUAUUCUUUUCUGCUCUAAUUUCCUUUACAUUUACCGGAAGCCUGUUAUAUCAACACUGCGAUUUACAUGCGAAUAAUUUGAUUCUCUUAAUUGAAAAUUGGAAGAUUGCUGAAAAUGACUUAUUUUCGACAGCAAAAUUCCAAGUUUCAUUUAAAGAAACAAUUUCUGAGAUUCUCUCAUCUAGUAUUAAAAACGUCAAGAUCAUUGAUCUUACAUACAUUACUUAUUUAAAUGACAAAAGACGUUCUUCAAACUUAGUAUGUGAAACUUUUGGUGAAGUAUCAAUUAGAGACAUUGAAAAUUGGAUAAUCUUUCUCUACAACUUAAAGAAUGAUGUUGAUAAUAUUUUUUCCAAACAUCAAGAUAUUCCCAAAAAUAUUAACCCACUUUCCAUUUUGAUCAAGUUAUUUGAACGUGACAUAAACUUUAAUUCAACCAAGCCAAAGUACGUUGGAGGCUCAGAACUUUGGUGGAAGAAUUGGACUUUUAAUCAAAAUAAAUUUGAUGAUUUGUAUGACUCCGUUUUGGGAGUUGGAAAUUUCUUCAAAGAAGCCAUAAAUCAGGUGGAAUCCUUAAUAUUUGAAAAUGAAAACAUUCCAUUUUUUCCUCCAUUAAAAUCUUCUUAUUCUAAAGUCUUGACUAACCCAAUUAUUUUUGAAGUUUACUUUAAACAAUUAUUUUAUGUACCAUAUUCUAUCUUAUCUUUUGGAACUUGUAUUCACCAGCAUGAAAUGAUUCAUAACCAAACUUAUUUUUUAACUGCUGCAGAAACACUAAGUCAUUACUUUUUAAUUUUAUUCCAAAAUGAACCAGAUAAACUUCCUUCUUGGGCCCACAAAGAUCAAUUUGGUUCAAAACUUCUUUGGAACAAAUGCAUAAAAUCAAAUCCUUUAUUUUCAAAGUCUAUUUCUGAAAACUCACUAAAAGAGUUUUAUUAUGAACCAUGUUUCACAGAAUCCUGUGUUUCAAAGAAGUUCUUUUCAAAGAAGAUCAAAACCUGGAUUCAAGAAGACAGUCAGGACAGAGACUUCUUUUUUAAUUCUUCCGAAAAACUUAUCUUGUUUUCUACCAAUAAAAUCAACUUUGCCUUAUCUAUUCUUGUUUUGAACCAAAUUAAAUUCAAUGUUAAGGAUUAUUUAAUGAAUUCUCCUAAAAAACUGAUUCAAAUCUCAGUGGACUUCUCAAGUUCCAUUUCAAAUUAUUUAAUUAAUGUAAUUCACCAAGAGAAAUCUGUCCAAGAUAUUCAUCUCUUUUUAUCGUUUUGUUUGGCAGAAUACUACAAACAUUUACUUUUAUUCAUUAAUCUCUCAAAUUUCAAUUUCGGUGAGAAACUUUGUUCAAAAAUUCACAAGGCUAUUUUCAUCAAAUAUACCAAUAGUUAA